AGAUCCUGGGAAAGCCCACCCUCGCCUACACCCAGCCGGAUCUGAACUGCUGACGUGUCGGCUCCUGUUGCCCAGAGCUUUACGCUCCACAGUGAGCGGAGGAGUCGAGACGCCAAGAAAACAAAACUGCCAGCAUGGCAGCAAAACUAUUUUAUACAAAGGGCUUUUUACUACUUUUAUUUAACUUUAUUUCAACCGCAGCCUUGGAGAAGAGGUUCUCCGACUUUAAAAGAUGCGCCGACGAGGAGUGCAGCAUGCUUCUUUGUAGGGGGAAAGCUGUGAGAGAUUUCUCAGGACCUGAUUGUCGGUUCCUUUCAUUCAAGAAAUCUGAAACUAUAUAUGUAUACUAUAAGCUGUCAGGAAGAAGGGCUGACCUAUGGGCAGGAAGUGUUGGAAGCAACUUUGGAUAUUUCCCAAAGGACCUUCUUGCAGUAAACCACCUUUAUACUGAUAAAGAACUUGAAGUUAAAGCAGAGGAUACAGAUUUUGUCUGUUUUGACACUGGAUUCGACAAGUUUGACUCUUACGACAUAGACUUGCUUUUAGGCCUGUCUGUCAAGGAGUCCGAUAGAGAUGGGAAUGAAACAGACACAGAGAGAUAUGAGAAAGAGACAGAGCCAUCAGUAGAGGAGGUGACUGGGAGUAAAACACAAACCGAACACGAUGGAAACUCAGCUGAGCUUCACAAAGUUCCUGAUGACCAAAGUGCCUCUUUGCCUGAACUUGAAAUAAACACAUCAACAGAAUCUUCAUUGAAAGAUGAAGGGUCUAAUACAGACACUGUGCCUGUAAAGGAGGGUGACAAAGUUGAGCAACAGAAUGUAACAGAGUCUCUUGUUCAAGAUGUGCCAGAAAGUAGUGAAACCAAAGAUGGACCAACUACAUUGGAGCUGGAGUCUGCUCCAGUGACGGUCACUGAAGGAGUACAGAUCCCGGAAUUAAAACCCACCCUUGGAACGACCUUUGAUGCUAUUGUCACAGAGGAAGAGAUCACCACAAAAGUCACUCCAUAUGAAGAGGAGGACAGCGAGGAUGUGGAAGUUCACCAAGAACAAAGGAAAGAGGAUAUUCCUCUGCUUUCUUUCUCGGAGGAACCCACAGAAACUCUGGUACGGGAUUCUUUGCAAAAGCAGGAGGAACCUCCACAAGAACAGGAAGAUGAACCAAACAUGACAGAGGAGAAGAACUUAUGGACUUCAUUUGGAGAUGCAGUGUUCUCUGUUGUCACUGGAGGAGAAACCACAGGAGAGGAUGUGAGUUCAGAUGACGAAGAUGAGGACGACACUGAAGAAGCUGCUGAAGAACUUGAGGAAACUGAGAUGGAACCACUUUUACCAGAAGCUCAAAAACCUCCAGAGAACAUAGAGCCCCCUCCUCUAGAACCUCAUCGCUCAUACUCUGAUCAAGAAAUGAAUAAAACAAGAGAUGACCCUGAGAAGGUUUUGCUGGACGGAGAGGGCGUGGUUGAAGAAGAGGGCGGACACAAGGAUGAAAUGGAAAACAGGGAUGAAACAUUAAAAUCAACUGAUGAGCUGGUACACCAUGAAACAAAGGAGAGCAAUCUGUCAGAAGAUCCAGGAGUGAAAGAGGAUCUGGUUAAAACUGAUGACCAUUCAGAUGAUGGAACACCUCAACAUGAGGAAGGAGAAGAUGUAACAGAGGAUCCAGAUGUUAGUAAAAGAGAGGAUGACAUACACGAUACUGCUGUGGAAGAUGAAAUUUUAGACGGUUUGUCGGAAGAAAACAAAACUUUGUCUGAGCAGGAAUUGGGUGCAACCAAAAGUGAAGAAGACCCAGAAAAAUCCUCUGACCUAAAGCCAUCUAAUGACUCGGAGGUCAAAGUUGACCAACUUUUAUUAAGCGAUCAGGAACCAGAUCAGAUAAAUGACAACUUGGUGACAGAUGUUGAGAGCGAUAAAAGUCAGACAAUAUUUGAGGAAGAAGAAAUAAUAUAUGAGAAACCGCCUACAGAGGUGGAAGGAGAGGAAAACGAUGCAAGGACCGAAGAAGAGAUUAACAGAGAAAAGGAGGAGUUACUCGAGGAUGAAAAUGCACUUUUAUCCACACAUUUGGAAGGUGAUAUGCCUGAAAACACUGAAAAGGAAAUGACAGAAUCAGCUGCAGAGCCAGAAUACAGCGACAAAAUAAUGACGCUGUCUCUGCUUAGGGAGCACUUUACAGAGGAGAAAAUAGAGCGUGUCCUGAGGCUCCUGGGCCUCAAAAACCUUUUCAAACUGGAGGCCAUGUUCUCCGACCUGGACACUGAGUUGCAGGCUACUCGCAUGUCCCACACAGGCACCACACACGACAUUGAAAGCGCACUGGAGAACAUCUUGGAGGCAUCCGAGAACACUAUCCUGGACGAGAUUGAGAAGAUGCUGGAUAGCCGAGAAAAAAAACAAGAUGAGGAGCAACAUGUGGACAAUUUGGACGAGGAAACUGAAUUGCUUGAUGACUUUCAGGAACUUGCAUUCAGCCUACGCCAAAAAUAUUCAACAGCCAGGGACAGUGCUCCUUUAGCAACGCCAGAAUCCCCCCUGGACAGCCCACCUGACCAACCUAACCUAAAUGUUCCAGAAGAGAUGCCCCCUGCUGCUGAAGGACAGUCUAACAACAUGCCAGAAACUGAUGAGCACAAUCCUUCUGUAUCAGAGGAUCAGCAAGAGGAGCCGUCUGGGAUUACUGACGACCGGAUAGUUGUGAAUGAUGUGCCUGCUGAACUAAAUAUGACUAAAGAGGAGGAUGCUGAACACUUUGAUGAAAACCAAGUUGAUCAGCCGGAUCUACCUCUGUUGGAGGAAGAGGAAAAGAUCAGUCAGCCCAAUCCAGCAAAUCAGUUGGAUGUGGACGUUAAAGCAGAAGUUGAUCAUUAUCCUCCAGGAUCCAUCGACUCUAUGGAGAUUGUGACUGAAACACCUCAGGAAGAACUGGGACUGUUUGCAACUGGAACUGUUUACAUGAGCUGCAUCUUUUCAGUCAUUCAGAAUAAAACUCUGGAGUGGACCACUGUGAUGAUUUCUUUGCUACCAGAGGAGUGGAAGCCAGGGGAAACGAUGUUUGGCUGUCCUUGGCAAGCUGUUGUUGUCACAGCUUUGAUUGGAGUGAUUACCUUCACCGUCUUCUUCUGGAGGAACGUAUUAGCAGUGAAGAAGAGUAAAUACCUUGUGGAUGAGAAAAAGAUUCUGGAGAAAAUCCAAACACUCAAAAAAGAUAAGAGUGAUGCUCUCGCAAGAAUAUCCGAACUUCAAAAGCAGACUGAGCAACUUAAAGAAAACCAGAAACAGUCAAAGGAAACUGUGAGUUCAACAAUGAAAAGGAUGCAAGCCUUGGAGAGUAAAGUCCGAGAAGCCGAAAAGAUUAAUGAACAAAUGGCAGAAGAAAAGCAGAAAUAUGUGAAUCUACUAGAAGAAGAGCGAACUCACUCUCUCCAGAAUGACAGCAGAAUAGAAAAAUUAGAGAAGGCGAAUGAAAAGUUGCAAGUCACCCGGAAAAGGAUUCAGGAAGCACUAGCUAAGACAACUAUUCUCUUGGAUGAAGCUAAGAUUCGUGAAGAUGCACGAAAUGCUCAACACAAAUGUUUGCAGAAAGAGUUUGCAGCAUUAAAAGAAGAGAAUAAAAUGCUUAAAACUAAUAUCAAAAGUUGGGAGGAAAAACACAAGGAGCUGAAUGAUAAGAUUAAGAUUUAUCAGAAGUCCCAUAAAGAACUGGAGGAUUCAGUUGUGCUAAAAGAUCACAACGUGGAGGUGCUCUCUGAACUUCUGGCAGACUUGGAUGCAUGUGAUUUGCACAAAGGUGAAGCCAAUGUCUUAGCGAAUGGCGAAGUAGCACCGGGAUCAUCAGCUGAUAAGAAAACAGCCAUAAAGAACAGAAUCAAGCAGAUGAUGGAUGUAUCCAGGGUCCAGACAACUCUCACAGUUAUUGAAGAAGAGCGGGACCGCUUCAUGGCCAAACUGUUAGACGAAGAGAAGUCUAGAAAAGAAUUUGAAGAGAAGCACCGGGAGCUGGAACAUGCAAUUGGAGCCCUCAAAAGUGAGAAGAGUCAGAUUGAAAACCAGUACAAGAUUCUCCAGCAGAAAAAUGAAAUCAUGGUUGAAAUGUAUCAGCAGAAGGAAAAUGCUUUACAGCAGAGAUUAACAAAGGAGGAGCUGGAGCGACGCAGCAAAGAAAGUCUGCUGUCUGAGGUGGGAGGUAAAGCUGUGGAAGCUGAGGAGCAGGUUAAACUUUUAAGACAACGCAUUAACGAAAUGGAGGAGCAGAUGAAGAAGACGGAGGAAGUUUAUAAAGAGCAGAUAAAAGAGCAAGAAAACAAAACUCACUCCAACUGGGUGAAUGCCCGUAAUGCUGAACGAGCUCUAAGUCAAGAAAAGGUGGAGUCCUCACGGCUGCGUGAAAAAUUGUCCAUACUUGCGUCCCAGCUGAAUGAGCGGCGUGCUCCUCUGUUUAGGCCCAACUCUGGUCAGCCUGCUGCUCCACGUCAAGGUGAUUCAUAUGGACCCUCUCCUGUGAGUGGGGGAGCUCCAUCCCCUCCUAUAAUGAUCGAGGGUCCGAGGCGCCCUCCUUCUGCCCCAGUAGGGCGAAGAAUUGAGCCGUAUGGUCCUCGACCUCCAUCCGAUCCACAUGGCAUGUACCCUGAAAACAAAUCCAUCCCAGGGAUGGACAUGAUGGGCCCAAGAAGCUCUUCUCCUGCUAACCUGGAUGGAUCAACUGAAGUGAUAGACCCACAGAUAAAAACAGAGAGUCAGGCUGUGGCCUCCAGAGAGAGUCCAGAGCCAGGACCUGGUUCCUUCAUGGCAUCACCAAUCAGAGACUCACCGGGUUCUAUGGUUCAAAGACCUCCACCAGGCCCGGGACCACAUGACCCCCUUCUCCCUCCAGGACCCAAUGUCCGCCUCCCCCCACCUGGACCUUAUGGACAUCCCCGACCGGGUCCUUAUCCGCUCCCCCCAGGCCCUCCCCUUCAUGGCCCUCCUCCUCCUGCCAACGGACACCCUGGUAUGCCCCUGCCUGGAUCCAUGGGUGGGGAGUUUGGCUCUCGACCUCCCAACGGACAUUUAUUCCAACCCAGAAUGGGUCCUGGUCCGGAUCCCCGACUCCCACCGCCACAUUUUCGUCCCCCUCCUCCUCAUAGUUAUGGACCGAUGCCUCCACCGCUCGGUCUCCGUGGACCUUUGGGACCCCGACCACCUCUCCCACCUGACAUGCGUUUUCCAGGACCAAGAGAGCACAUGAGGCCACCUAUGGACCUGCCUCCUGGUGUUCCACCACCUGGAGUCCCGCAUCCUGGGGUCCAUACUGCACAUCCAGGUGACGGAUACAGUCAGGGUGCACCCAGUUACCCCCAGAACUCAAUGGGUCCUCAGAGUGGCCCCAGUCAGGACCUGCACACGAAGCAGGAUGCUCCUCAGGAUUCAGUCAGACCAGGGAUGGUCUAGCCUUAACAGCACCUCCUCCUGCAGAAACGAAGCUUCACCCCCAACGCAACAGAAUAGCGACACAAAUCAAGUCCAGACAAGGGUCAUUAUGAUUUUCACGUUUCUGUCUAACAAAAUACAAGGAUGUUUAUUAAAAUAUAAGGUCUUAAAGAAAUCAGAAAUUGUCUCUAAAAUUCAUGAGUUAAGAACUUUUUUCUUUCUUUUUUUUUUAAGGUUAUUGUGCAAUACCAGUUGUGUUAAUCUUUUAAACAAAUAUGAUUUAGAGGGGCACAUUUUUAGAUGUUGUUUCCUGUGGAAAUUAUUAAAAAAAGGUGAGAGAUGAGAAAUUUUAUUUUUAACAUUUCAGGAAACCCCCUUGGUUAAUUACAAACCAUAGAAAGGAAAUGUAUAAAUGAAUGGCCAGAUGUGUAACUUAUUUUACUAUGUUGGCUUAAACUUUUAAAAAAUAAAGAAUGGGAAAUCUCAGUGUUAUUAAUCAACAAAGUAUCUGCUUUUUAUGAGUUUUGAAGAAGAAAAAUAAUGCAGACCAAUCAGACCUCAGAAACCCACCCCCAAUGAGUUAAUCCGCCUCAUUCCAACUAAACUGCUUAUUUUCUCGCCCAGGUUAAAUCUUGUUUUUGAGGACAGUAAAUCUAGAUACCUUGUUUUAAAUAAACAUGCAUAUUUUCUUCUUGUA